AGACUUAUUUGUGAAACUCAGAAAAUUGAUCAAACCAAACCAAAACAAGAAUCAAGGAACCAACCAACCACCCCAUUUCAGCUCUCUCUGGAUAUUGUAAUGGAAGCAGGUUUAGAAUCAAUGGGAGUAUCAGAGGCUUGGAAGGCUCAUGUGGGCAUGGCUCUGGUGCAGCUAUUCUAUGGUGGCUACCAUGUCCUAACCAAAGUGGCACUUAAUGUUGGGAUCAACCAACUAGUUUUCUGCUUUUACCGCGAUUUCCUUGCCUUCACUAUUGUUGCUCCGCUCGCUUUUUUUCUUGAAAGACGGACUAGACCACCCAUUACCAAGAAGCUACUGAUGUCAUUCUUCUUUCUUGGAUUGACUGGGAUAUUUGGCAACCAGCUUUUGUUUCUUAUUGGUUUAAGUUAUACUAAUCCAACUUAUGCUGCUGCUGUACAGCCAGCCAUUCCAGUCUUUACAUUUCUGUUUACUGUGAUCAUGGGCAUAGAAAAAGUGAACUUGCUCAGAUAUGAAGGUGUGGCAAAGGUUGGAGGAACGCUUAUUUGUGUUUCAGGUGCCAUAUUAAUGGUUUUCUAUCGUGGUCCAGCUUUGAUAGGAGAUACAGAAAUGGAUCAAGUUGCACAAAUUAAAAUAAGUGCUAGAGGCCAGCCAGAGGCUUCUCGAUGGUUAAUCAAUGGUUUACUUGAUCUUGGAUUUGACAAUUUUCAGCUUGGGGUUAUUUUCUUGAUAGGGAACUGCAUCUGUAUGGCUGCUUUUCUAGCCAUUCAGGCACCAUUAUUAAAAGAGUAUCCUGCAAAUCUGUCUGUCACAGCAUAUUCAUUCUUCUUUGGAGUUGCACUGAUGGUGGUUGCAUCAUUAUUCAUGGUUAAUGAGCCAACUGACUGGAUUUUGACACAAUCAGAAAUACUAGCCGUUGUAUAUGCUGUGAGUCACUGCAAUUUUUUACUUCAUGCAACCGGAACUAUUGCAUCUGCCCUUAACUAUGGAAUCGUUACAUGGAGCAAUAAGAUCUUGGGGCCAGCUUUGGUUGCCCUUUACAAUCCACUUCAACCUGCAUUUUCUGCCUUCCUGUCCCAAAUUUUCCUUGGCACCCCAAUUUACUUGGGAAGCAUCCUAGGGGGAUCUUUAAUCGUUGCCGGCCUAUAUAUAGUUACUUGGGCAUCUUACAAAGAAAGACAGAAAAGUUUUGGAGUUACUCCUAAUGGCUCUUGGGUCACUGAACCACUUAUUCAUGAAAAGAGUGCAUACCAGAAGAUUGCGGGGUCCUCCAGCGUAUCCUCAAACCCAAACUCAUCAGAUUAACAAAAUGAGUUAUAGAAUGCAAUGCGUCGUGCAAAAUUGGUCUCAUGGUUCUUCAAUCUGUUGUUAUAAUUUUAAAUGGUAGGUCUGUAUUUGAUCAUGUAAAUGUGAAAUCUUGUUCAAGGACUAAUUGUCAAUGUAAAAUGUAACGUUUAGUUUGAAAUUUGAAAUAUGAUAGUUAUAUCUUGACAAUUUUGAAAUGCAAAUUUUUGUCCCCCCGACUAGCUGGAUA